CCCCCUACCGCACCUAGGUCUUUGCCUUGCCUUGCCUUGCCUUACCUUACCUUACCGUACCUUACCUUAUCUUACUGUCCUCCAUCCACCCCAGUUUAGUCCUUCAUUCUACACCGACACCCCCCUUCUUGGACCCUGACUGUCCCCCAAUUCACACUGCGUCUUCAUGUUUGGGGGUUGCUUCCAACUACACUCACUCAACUUCAGUCUAUUCCGAGGAAAGCAUUCAGCUGGGCUGUGCCUUACUAACUUUGGCUGCGUUGCUUCCUCUGCAUUUUCCUCUCUGGGUGCAACCACUCUGCGUCUCGGUCUUCUACACUUCCCUUUUGGGAUUCUUGAACCAUGGCCAGCCUUCAAGAUAUCAUGAACGUGGACGAGGACCAACUCGAAUCCCACACUAUUAAGAACGACCAGGUCCCGGCUCCAUCAGGCAGACAUCAUCAACCCUACUUGGCACCAAGCGCAGUUUACAACACAGGCUAUGCAACUGGUGCAGAUCAAGCAGACCGUUCAAGCACACCACAAGGCACGAAGCGAAGCUCAUCCUCCCGCACCUCCAAGUCGAACACCACAGGCUCGUCAUCUUCAUCCGUUCGACCAGUCAACACCCGUCGAAGGAGCAACGUCAGCACCGAUUCCAUGGAGCAACCAAACUACGGAUAUGGCCACGCAGGGCCCUCCAGCGGCGGCCUUGAUCCCUCUGGCCAGCCCAUGAGACCUUAUGGCAGCGUGCCACCUGGAGGAGAGGUUCCCGUCAAGUUGACUCCCAUCACCGGUCGUGUCAGUAGGGCAAAGAAGGGUAUGAAGGUCCAUACAUGCGACCUCUGUCGUCCUCCAAAGACGUUCACACGCGCUGAGCACCUAAGACGACACCAGCUGAGCCACGAGACUCCCCAAUAUGGGUGCUCAAUUCCGGGUUGCGAUAGGGCUUUCCACCGCAAGGACCUACUUGAGCGUCAUCAGCAACGACAUGAGCUUGAGGGCGAUAAGGCAUCGAGGAGUAGAGGAGGAAGUCAAAGUCGCCGGACCUCGGCCGCCUCUUUGGAUGCAGGAGUCCGGAACAUAGGAUUACAACCUCCCCUGCUCGGUUACCCUACGAGCGCAACGACACCGAUCCACGGCAUCCCGAUGACAUCGAGUAUGUCGCACCCUGGCACAUACCAGUCCAUGAACGCGUCAGACGUCAGCAAAUCUAUGUCUCCUCACUUGGGAAAUGAAAGCUAUCGCCCUUCGUCUGGUGGUCCUGGGUAUGAUGGUGGCUAUUCUUUAACUGGCCAACCCUCACAACAACCCAUUCUGCAGCCUUCAAAUAGCGGUUUCAACACCUCGCCCUCGUUUUCCUCCAUCGACUAUCAGCCUCGUACAACUCCCGACUAUCCUACGCUGUAUCUUCAGACUUCGGGGCUAGAACUGCAAACGCCCGAGCUUUCGCACGCUCAGGAUACCAUGGGCUGGCCAUCUUCAGCUUCUGACAGCACUUAUUCAACGCCUUCCGAUAAUUCGCGACGCGCAAUCUGGCCCACGGCAGGGCCAGACUGGCAGAGUAACCUCCUCUCGCCUUGCCCAGUCGGCUACGAGAACAUUGGAGCCACUGGCCCUAUGCUCUACCAAUACUCGACCUCCCCCCAGCUCAGCACUCCACAGGUGUACCCGAUGCUCGGCACUUCCAUAUCUAGCUACUCUGACGAGCAGACAUUCCGUGACCCUCAACAACAGCCACGGUUCCCCAAUACUGUUCGUAGCCUAACCCCGCCGGUGACAUCGGCAUCGGCUCAAAGUUGUGAUACUCUAGUCAUCCCGUCGACGGCACUACCAUCGGACCGGGUGAUAAACUCAUUUGCCUGCUCGGGCCGUCAGAAGGAGGUGGCGUCGGGCCUCCUGGCGGCCCCGGCCCUGAUGCAGGGCUCCUUGCCUAUGCCUGUCUGUAGAGCCAUUCCCGCCUACCUCGAUGUCUACUGGGAAAGGGUUCACCCCCAUUUCCCAAUCGUACACCGAAGGACUUUCGAGGCCGCGGCGGAGCAGUUUGAAGUGCUUCGUUGUGCCAUGGCUGCAGUGGCGACUCAAUACAUGAGUGGUAAGGAGGAUCGCAUCAGGGGGGAUCAGCUGCAUGAAUAUGCCUGGCAACAAUCCAGACGCUUCCUCCAGUGGGACGUGUCCGUCAUGCAAGCGAUUCUGCUAUGUGAGUACUUCGCGCGGUUCCGCGGCCGAAGAGCAACCAUCAGGCCAUCGAGAGAAUUUGAAUCCGUUUAUUCAAGGGUAUACGACAACGCAGACAAGGCAGUCAUAUUUGGCGCCGUGCCUCGGACCGGAACCAACACCGUCAGAUGGCACACUUGGCUUGAUGCAGAGGCCCGCCGUCGCCUGCUCUCGGCGUGCUUCGUCCUGGAUGUUCACAGCUCGGUUUAUCUGGACCAGCCAAGAGUCCGCAACUUCGAUAUCACGCCCGAUGGCAUGCCACCAAAUAUCCCUCUCACCGGCCCGGCUCAGGACCUCUGGGAGGCACCCAGCGCCGAUGCAUGGGCGGCGAUGGUCUCGUCCAAGAGAGUUUCUCUGAGUGACCAGACACUCCUGUCUCUGAUCAACCCAGACACCUUGUCGAGAUCAACAGUCGACGCACACGCCCCUUUCGACCGCGCAGUGGUUCUGGCCUUCGAGGUACUCUUGCUCCCUCCUCGUGGAGAAGCCGCACACAUUUCUUCUUCAACAGAGAUACUAGAGCCGCAGGCUUUCCGCAUGGCCAACAUAUUUUCGGACUGUCCCGUGGCCAACACCUACCUGGCUCUUCACCACACUCCUCUUCACGAUCUACUGGCCGUGUCAGGCGACAGUUGGAUCUUCAGCCAUAAGGUCCUAGAGUCCAAGCAAUUCGACGAGCACAAGAGGCGGCUCAGGGAGUGGACCGACUCGGGCAGCGCCGCUGUCGCCUUGGUUUUUGCCUGCCGGGCUCUUCGCGCCUUCACCGAGCACGGCAACUCGGAAGUAGACUCGGACGACGAAGAUGACAUGGACGUACGAGAGGAUGGCCGACCUCGGAUGUGGAAGGACGACAUCUCGGAUUACUGGGGCAUGUACGUCUGCGCCCUCAUCUGUUGGGCUAAUGGGCACCGCAUCAACGGCGGCGAAGCAAGUCGCGGCGAUUUCGACAACGAUGACGACGCGCUUCAGUUGAUUCGCACUAUUGCGAACAUGGGAGUCAAGAGCGCCAUGGAGACGUCCUUGAAGAAGGAGGCCACGAUGGUCGUGGCCCUCGUGAGAAGAUGGCUCGAGGUGGAUUGCCUUGGCAAUCGCAGCCGACUCUAUGUCGACGCGGUCGGCGUGCUGAGUAAGUUGGCGGAGGGUUGCACUUGGAAGUGGUUUUAGAUGGAGAUGAUUUUGUGUUAGUAGUGAUGGUGGGUGGCAGCAUUUUUCCCAUUUCGGCAUUUGGCAUCAGCAUUGCAUACUUCUCUUCGAUUUUCCCACACAUCUUUUGGAGGUUUUUACAGAUUUCAUUCUCUUUUUGUUCAAGGGGGGGGUUUUUUUUUUUUUUUUUUGGCUUCUCUUUCUUUGGCAUGGCACACAGCACAUUCAAGAGCAACUUGGCCAGGGGAUCAUAAUACCUAUUUGCAUUGUACACUUACGACAUUUAUGACGGGAGGAAGAAAGCAGCUCUAAGAGAAGUAGCAUUUACGGCAGGAUACAGAUAGAGAAAUGUAGAGACAGCCUUUUCCUUUUCGCUCAUACUUGUCUUUUCUUCUCAGUUGUGCGAGCAUAUGAAGGAGAAUGUAAACCUCGAUGAGUGUUUCUUUUCUCCUAGCUUUGACGGUUAUUGACAUAACCACUUAGUAUAUAUAUAUCGAGAUGAUGUCAAAUACAUGAAGC